GUGGACUUGCUGAAGCCGUGCUGUGUGUGUCUGUGGGCCCUAGCCAGCUAUACCUGGCUCUAACGCGAAUAAACUGUCCAAAAAACAAACAUUAGUGGAUGUGAGUCUUCCAUAGUACACGUAAAUAUCAGACACUUUGACAGCCAGCGGUCUGACAAUGGGAGCGAACAACAGUACCCGCCGAGUGUCAUUUGAGUCAGAUGAAAACGAGAACAUAACGGUGGUGAAGGGCAUACGGCUUUCUGAAAAUGUCAUCAACCGUAUGAGGGAGCCUGCACCUCCUCUAAAACAGGAACAUGUUCCCACCCCGAUGCCUCCUUCCAUGGCGUCAUCCUUUACUCCCUCUCCUCUCCUGCGUCCAGUGCCUCCCCCCUUUGACCCGAUCACCUCAUUGCCUCCUCUACCUCCUCUUGUAGAACCUGUUGCACCUCCAGCUCCUCCUCCACCUGCUCCUUCCGCCACAGAGACAGUGGCUGCACCUCCACCACCUCCUCCUCAGGUUCCUUCAGAACAGCCCGCUGAGCCACUUGCUGCACCUCCCCUGCCUGAGUUUAUUACUCCUUGUGAAUCAGUUGCACCUCCUCCUCAGCCUUUAGUGGAACCAGUGUCUCCUCCUCCGGUCCCUGAGCCAGUGGCAGAACCUGAGUUGAGUUCAGUCCCACCACCUCCUGCCGCACCAGCCGUUGAUAAAGAGGCCCUGAGGAAGAAGAUCACCGAUGAGCUGUAUAAAGGCCUGGAGCAGGACAGGGCCAAGGCAGAGCAAGAGCUGCAAGCCUGGCUCGAGGAAGAGAAGACCCGGGCAUCAGCGCAGGCUCAGGCUGAGGCUACGUCCCUUGUCAAGGAUGAAGUGUCCAGGAUUCUGUCUGCCGAGCGGGCCAUGGCCAAGGAGAGCCUCCAGCAGGCUGUUAUAAGGGAGAGGAUCUCCACCGAGGAUGAGAGGCUCCGUGCUCAGCUCUUUGCUAAGCAGCUGGAGGCCAGAGAAGCAGACCUACAGAAGCAGGAUGCUUUCUACAGAGAGCAGGUGGCCCGGCUGGAGGAGAGGAGUGCUCAGUUCUACAAGGUCACCACAGAGAACUACCAUAAAGCUGCAGACCAAGUGAAUGCCAAGUUCAAGCGCUAUGAGACGUAUCCUGUGUGUGCCGACCUGCAGGGCCAGAUCCUGGCAUGCUACAAGGAGAACACUGGAAAAACCCUUAACUGCUCCAACAUAGCUGCCCGUUACUUACAGUGUGUCAACAACCUCAAACAGAACAAGUUGAGGACCGGGGGUUAAGGAAGAGAGAAAAAGAAAGAAGGAGCAAUAAAGAGUUUAUUGUGUGGGAUUACUGAUUAUUGACCGACUGACAGACCAAACCGGAGAAGAAGAAGAAGAGAGGAAUGAGUCAGCACCAAGACACACCCUCAAAACCCUGUGUAGUGGAGAACCAAACCAAACCUGAGUAGAGGCACCCGAACACAGCACCCUGAGAGAGAAACAGACACCUUUUCCCUCCCUCAAAACCUUGUGCAGUGGAGAACCAAACCAAACCUGACUGGAAGCACCUGAACACAGCACCCUGAAAGAGAAACACACACCUUUUCCCUUCAGCUCUUAUCUCUUGUCCUACCUCUUUUACCCUUCGACUGUCUCUCCUGUGAGUAUAGCACGGAGGCAGUGACACUGUCCACUAUUUUGGAGACACAGCAAGGACCAUCAGGUCAACCCAGCACGUGUAAGCCUGGCCCGCUUCAAGGGGAAAGUAAAGAAGAACCGGAACAACCACAAGGAAGCUAGCCACUUCUGUUACAAGCCACUCCUGGACUCCUCCCAUCCACCCUCACUUCAUUACCCUUAGGGAAAUAAGUCUAUUUUUAUUAAUAGCAGUCAAUCCUAUUUUGAAUUCCAUGAUCCAUUGCUUUCUAUGCACUAUCCUGUUCAGAUACACAUGUUCACAUCUAAUUCUGUGUUAUGCUACGUGUGUUCUGUUAUGUUAGUAAUGUAACUCUCUGUGUGUUGAGUAUUCAUCCAGACCAUCACUUCUGACAAUGUCUGAUCACAGGAAAUAAAAGAUGAAACGA